AUGCCAAAAGUCGCACUGGUCUCGCCACAAGAUCGACUAAACGCGGAUUUUAUUGGACCUGGCAUCGGAACGAUGUUUGGAGCAAAGAAGUACCUUUGGGGUAAUAUCCCUGCUUUUGAUAUCCUCAAACUGGGAUCAAAUGAAGGAGAGAAAUAUGCUGGGGAUCUUCGCCUCUUGUUUGCAGCCUCGGGAGACAUUCGCCAUGUUAUCAAGACGGUCGCCCUCGUUCCGAGCAGCUACGACCACUCUCUCGAAGUUACAAUAAAUGACAAAGAUUUUGACAUUGUGGCUCGCAAUAUCAUUUUGCUUCUUGUUGCACUAGUAGUUGAGAAACCAGACGAGGCUGUCGAUUGCAUAAUUCACCUCUGGUACUCAGCUCUCGUGCGCCAAGCAGAUAUUGACAUUCUUCAAGAUCGUAUUCGACCCCUGAUCGAAGAUAUCUGUGAAAAAGUCAAAAACAAGUCACCUGAUCACCUCCUCGCAAAGACAUGGAAAUUUGGGCGUCGCUCGCUAAGACUUGUUCUUGAGCAAUCCUCGUGGAAUCGCCUUUUGAAUCUUUUCAAGAAACCAGCCAUAACAGCCGAGCAGGCGAAUAGAAUUCGCCUAGAAAACACCCUAGCUCCUUCGAGGAGGGACUAUCGCGAUCGAUACAUGAACUGCAUUUCACCUAUUCAACGGGUUUCUUUUAACAAGUUUCGCCAAGAUGGCCUAUUGCUUCCCUUUGGAUUCUCACGUCAAGAUUUCAGGGAGCCAAACCCGACAUUUUUCCAGGUGGGUGAUACCUGGCCGAUGAAGGACGACGCAGAUCCCCUUCACGGAUGGUCUUUAGAAGAGGUUUCAAAUACAUCAAGCGGAGCUGCAACUGCAGACACCUACGGCAAGCUAUUUUAUUACCUUCGCGGAUUACUUUACGCCUUUUUGGAUCGGAUCUCUGGUUUAAACGUCUCGUUCAAACUUUUUCAGCUCGACGUUUCUUCCCUUCCUGAUCAUCUCGACAAGGAGUCUUUCAGCCGAAUCGAUGUGUCAAACAUUUCGGAUCGGGCCUGGUUGGGGAUUCGCCAUACACUAUAUUUUAUGCUUCCCUUGCUCCAGACUCCUUUACAGAACCCACAUGCCACCUUAAUAACCCUCUUUAUGAACGCUGUUGAAGAGACCUUGACCGACAAAGAUAGAAUGCAGGGCUUGACCCCACACAGCCGAGAAACGAAAGAUCUAUUCCAGUAUCUCGGAGCAAGUCCUGAAAACAAACCCGACGUUAUCAAACUUAUAGUUGGUCGAGAUCUUGUCACGAAGUAUGACCACAUUUUUGACAGAUACGUGAAGGACUUGCAGUUCUAUCAUGUCGGUGAAGUUUUGGGCGCAAUGAUGAAAGAAAAGCACACUAUCAUUGAGAAAUGGCCCUAUAGGUUAAAACUCCGGCCUGGUCAGCCAGGAGCCCAAGACGAGUUUGACCGCUGCAUGAUGAUAGGUGUUUCAGGCAAGGAGCGCUACAUAGAGUGGAAGAAAAUCCACCAGGGCUAUCUGUAA